UGAAGGAAAGGAAAAAAAAAUUUUGCCAAGAAGCUAUUAUUUUGAUUACAUGAUUUUCAUUCAACACCAUUAAUUCUAGAACAUAAAUUUCUUUCUUUCUUUCUCUUUCUCUCAACCCAACAAUGGCUUCAAGUGGCGAUGCAGCACUACCAAAACGUCGUCGUAAUGCGUCACGGCGAUCGCGUCGACAGCUUCGAACCCAUGUGGGUCUCCUUCGCCACCCGACCCUGGGACCCGCACCUGAUCCAACAGGGUCGGGUUCGAGCCUUCGCCACGGGUCGCGAGUUACGCAAAAAACUACCUUUCACUCUCAAUCGCGUUUUCGUCUCUCCCUUUCUCCGAUGUGUCCGAACCGCCGCCGAAGUCGUCGUCGCCCUCUCCGCCGUAUCCGACAACCAAGACCCCAAUAACCUCACCAGCGAUGGCGUCCCCAUUGAUCCCUCUAAAAUUAAGGUUUCUGUUGAAUAUGGCUUAUGUGAAAUGAUGAGCAGGGCAGCUAUUAGACUUGACCUGUUGCCUAAAGACGGAAACUGGGGUUUCGAUAUUCCGAAGCUCGAGGCUUUGCUUCCGGCAGGGACAGUAGAUAAGAAUGUGAAAAGGGUCUAUGAAAAGUUGCCCCAGUGGGUAGAAGAUCCAAACUUGCACACAAGGCCUAGAUAUAAGCAAAUAGUUAAAGAUCUUGCUGACAAAUAUCCUACGGAGAACUUGCUGCUUGUCACACACGGGGUCACUGGAUGAAAAAGGUGGUAUAUUUUGAUGUAUUGAAGAAACUUUUUCGAGCUGGGGUGGCGUAUUCUUCAUUCCAAAAGGAGGUUGAAGUGUAUGAUGUUGAUUACUGUGGAUACGUCCAACUCAGACGCCCAAUUUUCAAGAAAGACCAAUCAUUCACUGCAGGAGAAUUUGAAGCUAUUGUUCACAAUGGUCAAACUGGUAUAAAAUGCAUCGAAAACAAAACUGCGCAAUAAUGGCCAUCUACACCUCCGAGGCCUGAUUCUCACUUACUACUGUGGCUAUUUCAUGUUUGAUUCCUUCAAAGACUAAAUGAUUCUGUAUUGAGAAUGCUUGAUUGAGUAGGAACACAAACACCAUUAUUAUUCUUCACUCGAUUGAAUGGUAAACAUAGGAUGAAAAGAAAAGUGUGGUUUUACUCUUCCUCAUUAUGAUCAGAAUAAGUUAAUGGAUACAUUAUAUGAAUUUACUAAAAAAUUAUGUUUAUGAUAGAACUCUAUGGUGAUGGAUGAUCUAAGCAGACAAUUCUACUUAUGAGAAAACCCUUGGUUGGUUUGUUAUUACUGUUGCCUUUGGCUUAUGCUAAUUGAAUACUAUUUUUAUCACCCCUAUUUCUUUUA